GGCAGAAGUUCGAGCUCGACCGGGAAGAGAAAUCUGCGGCCCCACUCCGGCGCGUCUUGGGCUGCUGCUCUGGGGCUGAAGUAACCUGCCAUGAUGAUCUCCCCUCCCAGGAUGCCCCUCCUGCUGCUGUUGCUCCACAUCCCAAGUGCUGCCAAAGCUCAGGUUAAUCCAGCUGUGUGCCGUUAUCCUCUGGGAAUGUCAGGCGGCCACAUCCCAGACGAAGACAUCUCCGCCUCCAGCCAGUGGUCUGAAUCCACAGCAGCCAAGUAUGGAAGGCUUGAUUCAGAAGAGGGCGAUGGGGCUUGGUGUCCGGAGAUCCCCGUUGAGCCAGAUGACCUCAAGGAGUUCCUUCAGAUUGACCUGCACGCCCUGCACUUUAUCACCCUGGUGGGGACCCAGGGGCGACACGCUGGCGGCCACGGCAAUGAGUUUGCACCAAUGUACAAGAUCAAUUACAGCCGGGAUGGCACCCGGUGGAUUUCCUGGAGGAACCGGCAUGGGAAGCAGGUGCUGGAUGGAAACACCAACCCUUAUGACAUUGUCCUCAAGGACCUGGAACCUCCCAUCAUAGCUCGCUUCAUACGCUUCAUUCCCAUCACCGACCACUCCAUGAACGUCUGCCUGCGAGUGGAGCUCUAUGGCUGCACGUGGCUAGAUGGGCUGGUUUCCUACAAUGCGCCUGCUGGACAGCAGUUCAUCCUUCCCAGCGGCACGGUCAUUUACCUCAACGAUUCUGUGUAUGACGGCGCUUUUGGCUACAGCAUGACUGAGGGACUGGGCCAGCUGACGGAUGGUGUUUCUGGCCUGGAUGACUUCACACAGACCCAUGAGUACCACAUGUGGCCGGGCUAUGACUACGUGGGGUGGCGCAAUGAGAGCGCUGCUGGGGGCUACAUUGAAAUCAUGUUUGAAUUUGAUCGGAUCAGAAACUUCACCACCAUGAAGGUGCACUGCAACAACAUGUUUUCCAAGGGGGUGAAGAUCUUCAAGGAAGUUCAGUGCUAUUUCCGCUCCGAUGCCAAUGAGUGGGAGCCCAACACCAUCUCCUCGGUGCUGGUGCUGGAUGACGUCAACCCCAGUGCGCGGUUCGUCACCGUGCCCUUGCUUCAUCGCAUGGCCAGCGCCAUCAAGUGCCAGUAUUACUUUGCCGACACCUGGAUGAUGUUCAGUGAGAUCACAUUCCAGUCAGAUGCAGCCAUGUACAACAACUCCGGAGCCCCUCCUGAGUCGCCCGUAGCACCCACCACUUACGAUCCAACCCUCAAAGUGGAUGACAGCAACACACGCAUCCUGAUUGGCUGCCUGGUUGCAAUCAUCUUCAUCCUGGUGGCCAUCAUUGUCAUCAUCCUGUGGAGGCAGUUCUGGCAGAAGAUGCUGGAGAAGGCUUCUCGUCGGAUGCUGGAUGACGAAAUGACCGUCAGCCUCUCCCUGCCUAGCGAAUCCAGCAUGUUCAACCACAACCACUCCUCCUCAUCCAGCGAGCAGGAGUCCAACUCCACCUAUGACCGCAUCUUCCCCCUGGGCCCAGACUACCAGGAGCCCUCGCGGUUGAUCCGCAAACUGCCAGAGUUUGCCCCAGGAGAUGAAGAGGCAGGCUGCAGUGGAGUAGUCAAACCCGCCCAGUCAAGUGGCCCCGAGGGAGUCCCCCAUUAUGCAGAGGCUGACAUUGUGAAUCUGCAAGGUGUGACAGGCAGCAACACCUACUCUGUGCCUGCCAUCACUAUGGACCUGCUCUCGGGCAAGGAUGUGGCUGUGGAAGAGUUCCCUAGGAAACUGCUAACCUUCAAGGAGAAGCUUGGAGAAGGCCAGUUUGGGGAGGUUCAUCUCUGUGAAGUGGAGGGAAUGGAAAAGUUCCUGGACAAAGAUUUUGCUUUGGAUGUCAGCUCCAACCAACCUGUCCUGGUGGCUGUGAAAAUGCUGCGAGCAGAUGCCAACAAGAAUGCCAGGAAUGACUUUUUGAAGGAGAUUAAGAUCAUGUCACGGCUCAAGGACCCCAAUAUCAUCCGGCUGCUGGCAGUGUGCAUCACCGACGAUCCUCUCUGCAUGAUUACUGAGUACAUGGAGAACGGCGACCUCAAUCAGUUCCUAUCCCGCCACGAGCCCCAGCUCCCCCCUGCCAGCAAUGGACCCAUUGUCAGCUACACUGACCUGAAGUUCAUGGCCACUCAGAUUGCCUCUGGCAUGAAGUACCUGUCCUCUCUGAAUUUUGUGCAUCGGGACCUGGCCACACGCAACUGCUUGGUGGGUAAGAACUACACCAUCAAGAUAGCAGACUUCGGCAUGAGCAGGAACCUGUACAGUGGAGACUACUACCGAAUCCAGGGGCGGGCCGUGCUCCCUAUUCGCUGGAUGUCCUGGGAGAGUAUUUUAUUGGGAAAAUUCACUACAGCCAGCGAUGUCUGGGCUUUUGGGGUGACACUAUGGGAGACCUUCACUUUUUGCCGAGAGCAACCGUAUUCCCAGCUGUCAGAUGAACAGGUCAUUGAGAAUACCGGAGAAUUCUUCAGGGAUCAGGGGCGGCAGACAUACCUUCCCCAACCUGCUCUCUGCCCUGAUCCUGUCUACAAGCUAAUGCUCAGCUGCUGGAGACGAGACACGAAAGAUCGCCCCUCCUUCCAGGAAAUUCACCGCCUCCUCCAACCAUCAGCCAGCGAAGAGUGACACUUUGCUUCCCUCACACGUCCUGCUCCUCCUCCCACCCCAGAAGACCCACCUGUAAAAACUGAAGCCACUUCACCUGGACUCACAACAAAACCUGGGCAGUGGGGCUUCUUCUACUGCACAUUAAAAAACCACCAUAAGCGGAGAAAAAAGUGAGAAGGAACCAAGCCGAGAUCAGACC